GGCAGCGGCCACGUCAGCAGCAACGCGUGGCAGCUGCCACGUCAGCAUGCCUUGAAGACAAUAGCCAGCCAACCACCAUGCGGAGCAAUCAAUGCGUCGCCGUAAUCUCCCAAAUGCCAGCACAAAGCUAGCGCCACCAGCGCCGCAGCGUCAAGCCAGCGUCAUGUCGUCAAUGCGUGAAGUCCGCAUUGGCGCAAGAUUGAAUGAAUGUCAAAGUCGGAAAAUCAGCGCUUAUGUAGCAGGAGGAGGAGGAGGAGGCGAAGGAGGAGGCGGAGGAGGCGGAGAACCUCGAGUAGAGGAGGAGGCCCCGAUGGUGGAGGAGGCAGAGGAUGAGGAGGAGGAGGAGGACGAAGAAGAAGAGGGCGAAGAGGAGGAGGAGAAGGAGGAGGAGGAGGAGGAGGACAACGACGGCGAGGAGGAAGAAGAAGAAGAGGAGGAGAAGGAGGAGGAGGUGGAGGGCCCGACGAUGGAGAAGAAGGAGGAGGUGGAAGAUGUAGAAGAAAAGGGUGUGGAGGAGGAGGACAAAGUAGAGGUCGAGGAGGAGGCCACGGCAAUGCAGGGGAGAGAUAACUUAGAGGAAGAAGAAGAAGAGGAGGAGGAGGAGGAGGAGGAGGAGUUGGAGGAGGAGGAGGAUGACAAGGAGGAGGAGGAGGAGUACGAUGACGACAAGGAAGGGGAUGAGAAAGAAAUGGAGAAGGAAGAAGAGGAGGACGGCCGGACGAUGGAGGAGGAUGAGGAGGUGGAGGAGAAGGAGGCCACGACAACGGAAAGUUGUCCGAAGUCGAAGUGGGCUGAAGGAAGAUAACAUAGCCAUAGUCAGUAGUAGUUGAGCGGCCAUAGUCGUUGUAGGUGAAGAUAGGCUUUAGUGUGUGUGUGUAAUACAGGGAAGCGUGUGGGAUAUCCAUGGUGAUCCAAAGUCGAGUAUGUGCGAACAAUGGGAUUGCACACAGUGUCGAGAGUUGGGAUGUAUAGGCGCUGAUGCGCCAUAGCCUAAUGAAGCGAUUUUGCAUCU